CAGCUGACUUGAAGUAAAGCCAAUAAAGUUCAUGUUUUUGUCCUUUGAAAUAGGCCUACUUUAAUACUAUAAAAAAUAGCUAAAACAAUAUUACUCUGAGUGUGUGCGUGUGACCGUGAUUCGUGUGCAUAUUCAGUCAGUGUGUCAAGUUCAGAGAGAGCUAUUCAGUCCAUUAUAAAUUCUGAUUUUGGCCGCCUCUGGAAUGGAUCAAACCAUAGAUAUUAGCCUACCUCAUAAGCUCAAGUAAAUACGCUGGAAAUCCGCGCUUAUUCAAGGAUGUGCAUUUGUUUCAUGUAAGGAGAAGGCACGGGCGCCUGCAGGAUUUCAUAUGAAUGUUUUUUUUUUUAAAUCUGAAAACUAAAAGCAACGAAUUUUUUUUAAAUAUGUCAUUUUGGUGAUCAAUGAUGAGUUUUAAGGGGGAAAAAUUACUAUAAGGGGACUUUAAGAUGACUGUUUUGUCGCUUUUCGGUUUUGCACUUUGCAGACGGUCCCUUCGAAUCUGUCUCUCAGCCGUCCGCGCAUAGAGAUCCAUGUAUUUUGUCCACCGCGGAGGAAAGCUGAUUUUGAGGAAAAUGAGGUUGUAGCUGCUUGUCUACGUUACUGCGAUUGAAAAGAGAUGUUAUUUGUGUAGCAACAGUGUUUAGCUCUCGAGUUAUUAAUCUGGGAAAUUCGAAUCUGAGAAUAUGCGGCCAAUUUUAACUAAGUUUUGUCUCCCUCGUCAAUCUGGGAUAACUUUUCACAAGAAUGUUGUUUGAUGUUGUUUCACCACUCCUAUACAUUGUAACUUAACUUGAACUGUACUGACGCCGGUGUGCUGGAUAGGCAAACAAUCGAAACGGAGCGAGAUCCACCUGACUCAGAUCAAUGGAGCCAGACAGACCUGAGUCACCAGAGCCAAGCUGUGGGUCCCUAAAAAGGUGCUGGUCAAGCAAACAUGGCUCAUGCUUUAAAGAUAACGGUUCAAUGCAGGUUGAGAAACCAUACUCGUCAGCUCCCAGCUGUGUGUCCAUAAACAGUGGCCAGUCAAUAGAGCAUCCAGUGUUCUUUAAGGAUGGAGACACCUCUGAACAUGGUAAUGACUGUCAACAUGCUGAAGUCUGUAAAAUGCUCCAGUCACAUGUGAGAAAACGGGGUCAGAGUUUGGAUAGGAGAAACCCAACACUACAUGAGAUCAGUACAGAGUGCAGCUCUGACUGUCAAAAUGCUGAAGUCCGCAUCAAACUGAAAUCAGACCUGAAGACAAAGUCUCAGUGUUUCCAUGAGGGAAUAGAAAAGCAAGGAACCCCAACAUUCCUCAAUGAGAUUUAUACUGAGCUCUACAUCACAGAAGGUGGAGGUGGAGAGAUCAAUAAUGAACAUGAGAUCAGCUGGGUUGAAAAAGCUUCCAGGAAAGCCUCAGCGGAGGACACCCCAAUCAAGCUGAAUGACGUUUUCAAACCUUUACAUGGACAAAACCAACCCAUCAGAACUGUGCUGACUAAAGGAGUCGCUGGCAUUGGAAAAACUGUGUCUGUGCAGAAGUUCAUUCUGGACUGGGCUGAAGGGAAAGCGAAUCAGGAUGUCCACCUCAUAUUUCCACUUCCUUUCAGAGAGCUCAAUUUGCUGAAGGACCAAACAUUCAGUCUUAAAGGUCUUCUAGAGUUUUUCAUGGGCACAAAACAACUGGAAAUCUCUCCAAAUGAAUGUAAAAUCAUUUUCAUCUUUGAUGGUUUGGAUGAGUGUCGUCUGUCUCUGGAUUUUCAGAACAACAUGAGGUUGUGUGAUGUGACCGAAUCAGCUUCAGUGGAUGUGCUGCUGACGAACCUCAUUGUGGGGAAUCUGCUUCCCUCUGCUCUCAUCUGGAUCACCUCCAGACCAGCAGCAACUGAUCUCAUCCCCUCUGAGUGUGUUGAUCGAUUGACAGAUGUACGAGGCUUCAAUGACCCACAGAAGGAGGAAUACUUCAAGAAGAGAAUCAGAGAUCAGAGUCUGGCCAAUCAAAUCAUCUCACAUCUGAAGUCCUCGAGGAGCCUCUACAUCAUGUGCCACAUCCCAGUGUUCUGCUGGAUCUCAGCCACUGUCCUAGAGAAGAUGUUGAAUGGAGAAGAGAGUGGAGAGAUUCCCAAGACUCUCACUCAAAUGUACACACACUUCCUGAUCCUUCAGACCAACAUCAAACAUGAGAAGGACUAUGAGAAGAAAUUGACAGAUGAAGACAUGAUCUUCAAACUGGGGAAACUGGCUUUUCAAGAGCUUAUGAAACACAGUGUGAUCUUCUACGAAGAAGAUCUGAGAGAGUGUGGCAUUGAUGUGACAGAAGCAUCAGUGUACUCUGGAUUGUGCACUCAGAUCUUCAGAGAGGAGUUUGGUCUGUGUCAGAGGAAAGUCUACUGCUUUGUUCACCUCAGCAUUCAGGAACAUCUAGCAGCUCUGUAUGUGUUGUUUUCAUUCAGUUUGAAAAAUGUAGAUGUUCUCAGUGAAUACCAGGCCUUAAAAUACAAUGUUCAGUCCCCAGCAUGCUUCACAAUCUAUGAGAGGGCUGUUGAAGAGGCUUUGCAAAGUAAGAAUGGCCAUCUUGACCUCUUCCUUCGCUUCCUUCUGGGUCUCUCGUUAGAGUCCAAUCAAACUCUUUUUAAGUGCCUACUGAAACAAACAGGAGGAAUGGCUCACAAUACAGAGGAAAUUAUCCAGUAUGUCAAGAAGAAGAUUAGAGAAAAUCUUUAUCCAGAUAAAUCCAUCAAUCUGUUUCACUGUCUGAAUGAACUAGGUGAUCAUAUUCUGGAAAAUGAAAUCCAAGAGUAUCUGAGCUCAGGGACGAUAAGAGAUGCCAUUCUGUCUCCGUCACAAUGGUCAGCUCUGGUUUUUGUGUUGCUUACUUCAGAGCAGCUGGAAGAGUUUGAAUUAAAGGAAUACAUCAGGGAUGAGUUCAACCAAAUAAACAUCACACAGGAUCAAGUUCUCCAUAAUCUACUGCCUGUGGUUGAAGCAUCCAGAUCAGCUCAGCUUGGCUGUUGUAGUCUCUCAGAGAAUUGUUGUACUGAUCUGGCUUCAGUUCUCGGCUCAGAAUUCUCAUGUUUGAGAGAACUGAACUUAAACUUCAAUCAUCUGAAGAGUUCAGGUGUGAAGUUACUUUGUGCUGGACUGCAAAGUCCUCACUGCAAACUGGAAGCACUGUGGUUGUGGCGGUGUGAUAUCACAGAUGAAGGUUGUGCUGCUCUGGCUUUUGCCCUGAAUUCGAACCCCUCACAUCUGAGAGAGCUGGAUCUCUCUGAGAAUAACCUAGGAGAUCAAGGCAUGAAGCUUUUCUCUGAUGCACUAAAAAGUUCUCAGUGCAAACUGGAGACACUGAAACUGAGAUUGUGUAACUUGUCAAAUGAAGGUUGUGCAGCUCUGACUUCUGCUCUGAGAUCAAACCCCUCACACCUGAGAGAGUUGGAUCUGUCUGAGAAUGAAUUGGGAGAUGCAGGGGUACAAUUUCUCUCUGAUGGACUCGGGAAUCCUCUUUGUAACCUGGAGAUAUUGUGGCUGAGGGAAUGUGAUAUAACAGAUGAAGGUUGUGCUACUCUGGCUUUAGCUCUGACAUCAAAUCCCUCACACAUGAAAGAGCUGGAUCUGACUAAUAAUAAACUCACAGAGACGGGCACUGACAUGCUCACUGCAAUAAAGUUCAAUCCACACUAUAAACUGGAAAAAUUACAUAAUCAUUCAAUGGAUCAACUCGAGGUUAAAAAGACUCUUCUUGAGCCCAGCUCAGUACAGAUGGGGAGAUCAGCAUCUCCAACUCCCAGCCAUGAGUCCAUGAGGAGUGAUCUGUCAAUGAAUAAACCAUUGGAUUUAAAAGAAUCCAGCUCAGUGCAGAUGGGGAGAUCUUCCCCAUGUCCCAGUCAUGAGUCCAUGAGGAGUGAUUUGUCAAUGAAUAAACCAUUGGAUUUAAGAGAAUCCAGCUCAGUGCAGAUGGGGAGAUCUUCUCCAUGUCCAAGUCAUGAGUCCAUGAGGAGUGAUCUAUCAAUGAAUAAACCAUUGGAUUUAAAAGAAUCCAGUAAUGCCUCACCCCUUGAUAAAAUUCGAGAUGCAUUCCAAUCAAAUCUGAGGAGCAUUUUUCAGUGUGUGCAUGAAGGGAAAUCAACAAACAGUGCCCCCAUACCUCUCAAUGAGAUCUACACUGAGCUCUACAUCACGGAAGGUGGAAGUGGAGAGAUCAAUAAUGAACAUGAUAUCAGAUGGAUUGAAACUGCAUUUAGGAGAGGAACGACAGAAGAUACUCAAAUCAACCUGAAUGACGUAUUCAAAACUUUACUUGGACAAAACCAACCCAUCAGAACUGUGCUGACUAAAGGAGUCGCUGGCAUUGGAAAAACUCUGUCUGUGCAGAAGUUCAUUCUGGACUGGGCUGAAGGGAAAGCGAAUCAGGACGUUGACCUCAUAUUUCCACUUCCUUUCAGAGAGCUCAAUUUGCUGAAAAACCAAACAUUCAGUCUCAUAGAUCUUAUAAAGAUUUUGGACUUAAAACACCUGGAAAUCUCUCUGAAUGAAAGUAAAAUCAUUUUCAUCUUUGAUGGUUUGGAUGAGUGUCGUCUGUCUCUGGAUUUUCAGAACAACGUGAGGUUGUGUGAUGUGACUGAAUCAGCUUCAGUGGAUGUGCUGCUGACGAACCUCAUUGUGGGGAAUCUGCUUCCCUCUGCUCUCAUCUGGAUCACCUCCAGACCAGCAGCAACUGAUCUCGUUCCCUCUGAGUGUGUUGAUCGAGUGACAGAGGUACGAGGCUUUAGUGACCCACAAAAGGAGGAAUACUUCAGGAAGAGAAUCGGAGAUCAGAGUCUGGCCAAUAAAAUCAUCUCACACCUGAAGUCCUCGAGGAGCCUCUACAUCAUGUGCCACAUCCCAGUGUUCUGCUGGAUCUCAGCCACUGUCCUAGAGAAGAUGUUGAGUGAAGCAGAGAGUGGAGAGAUUCCCAAGACUCUCACUCAAAUGUACACACACUUCCUGAUCCUUCAGACCAACAUCAAACAUGAGAAGGACUAUGAGAAGAAAUUGAAAGCAGAGGACAUGAUUCUCAAACUGGGGAAACUGGCUUUUCAGCAGCUGGAGAAACAGAAUCUGAUCUUCUACGAGGAAGAUCUUAGAAAAUUUGGCAUUGACGAGCAAGAAGCAGCUGUGUACUCAGGAUUGUGCACUCAGAUUUUCAGAGAAGAAUCAGGGCUGUUUCAGGGGAAAGUUUACUCUUUUGUUCAUCUGAGUGUUCAGGAACAUCUAGCAGCUUUAUAUGUGUACCUCUCCUUUGUAAAUCAAAAGACAAAUGAAUUAGACCAACCAGGUUUUCUACUCAAAUUUCUGCCUUGCGCUGCACAAAGUUCAAUAUUUGACCUCUAUCAGAGAGCUGUGAAGAAAGCUCUGCAGAGUACCAGUGGACAUCUGGACCUUUUCCUUCGUUUCCUUUUGGGCAUGUCAAUGGAGUCCAAUCAGACUCUCUUACAAGGCCUACUGUCACAGACGGAAAGCAGCUCCGACAACAAAGAACGAAUAGUUAUGUUUAUAAAGGGGAAGAUCAAAGAGAAUCCUCCUACUGAGAAAUUAAUCAAUUUAUUCCACUGCCUGAAUGAACUGAAUGAUCAUUCCCUAGUGGAGGAAAUCCAGCAUUAUCUAAAAUCUGGGUCAAGAAUAAAUACCACACUGACAGCCUCGCAGUGGUCAGCAAUGGUCUUUGUAUUAUUGACCUCAGGGCAAAAACUAGAUGUGUUUGAUUUAAACAAAUACAUCGGGACACACGUCUUGUCAGAUGAAUGUCUUCAAAGACUACAGCCGGUGCUUGAAGCAGCCAGAACUGCAAUGCUUUGUGAGCAUAACCUGACAAGGAAAGGUUGUACCACCUUAGUUUCUGUUCUCACCUCAAAGACUUCAUGUCUGAAAGAGUUGAACCUGGCUAGAAGUAAUUUAAAUGAUUCAGAACUGAAGCUACUCUGUGCUGGACUGGGAAAUGGACUGUGUCAACUGGAGAGACUGGGACUGGAGUUUUGUGGUAUUUCUGAUAAGGGCUGCACUUCUCUGGCUUUGGCUCUGAGUUCAAACCCUUCACAACUGAAAGAGCUGGAUCUGUCUGGAAAUAAAUUUAGUGACUCUGGAUUGAAGAUUCUUUCUGCUGAAUUGCAGAAUCCUCACUGUAAACUAGAGAAACUAUGGAUGAGACUUUGUGAUAUCACAGAUGAAGGUUGUGCUUCAAUGGCUUUGCUUCUGAAAUCAAACCCCUCACACCUAAGAGGACUGAAUCUGUCUGGGAAUAAACUGGGAGAUUUGGGAAUGAAAGACCUCGUUGACGGACUAGAGAAUCCUCACUGUAAACUGGAGAUACUGAGGUUGAGAGACUGUGGUAUCACUCAUGAAGGUUGUGCAGCUCUGGCUUCAGCCCUAAGAUCAAACCCCUCACAUCUGAAGGAACUGGAUUUGUCUGGGAAUAAACUCAAAAACAUUGGAGUAAAGAAGCUCUCUGCUGAACUGGAAAAUUCUGACUGUAAUCUCGAGAUGCUCAGGUUAAACAAUUGUGACGUCACUAGUGAGGGCUGCGCUGCUCUGGCCGAAGCUUUGAAAUCAAACCCUUUAAGCCUGAGAGAGCUGGAUCUAGGGUGGAAUAAACUGGGUGACUCAGGUGUGCAGCCACUUUUUGCUGCAUUGGAAAAUCCAAACUGUAAAUUGCAAGUUCUGCGACUGAGAGAUUGCAACAUUGCAGAGGAAGGUUGUGAUGCUCUGGCUUCAACUUUGAAAUCAAACCCCUCACACUUGAGAGAGCUGGAUCUUUCUCAAAAUAAACUGAGAACCUUAUGGGUGAAAAUGCUCUGUACUGCUCUGGAAAAGCCUGACUGUAAUCUGGAGAUGCUGCGUUUGGAAUAUUGUGGUCUCACAGAUAAAAGUUGUGCUGUUCUGGAAUCAGCUCUAAGAUCGAACCCCUCACACCUGAGAGAGCUGGAUCUGUACAUGAACAACCUCGGAGAUUCAGGAAGACAGCUGUUGUCUGCUCUGAAGGAUGACCCAAACUUUUCACUGCAAAAACUACAAUAUUAAUCACAUCAUUAUUCUUAGAUACCCAGUUUUUAAAGAAAUAAGCUUUUGUUAUUUUUCUGUACUGAAAUCAUCCUUGCAUGUAUGAACAUGUAAAGAGGUUGAUUAUGCAUCUUUGCACUGUGUUUAAUUUUGUAUGACUGAUAAGUUGACUCCACUCUGAUCGUCACCUUUGGCUCUCACCAGGGACUGUAGUUCAGGCUAAACACUGUCAGAUUUCCACAUUCUUCUUCAUGCUACAAGGCCGCAGACAAAUCAUGAGAUGGAUGUGAAACAUGGACAAGGUGUGAGUUGCAUGAGAGUCCUCACAUUGGGAAGGACGUAUCAAGAAAGGACCGUAGCUAGCUAGAUAUUACUGCACUUUAUUGUUUAUUACAAUUUUAUUAUGUACCUUUUUUACGUUUCUGUUGUAUUAUUGCUAUCUUUACUCGAAAUGCAAACUACAUUGCAAGCUGUUAAUUUGUGUAUGUAAAAGCUAAACAGAUGUGUGUAAUAGUGUUUACAUUAAAAAUCAUGCAUAUCAAGCUGUUUGUCAACAGGCAAAAAAAUGCAUUUGUGCAAAUUGGGAUAACGUUUUCCUGGCAAAAGUUGGCAAUGGCAACCAUAGUGAAAGUAUUGAAUCGAGUGAUUCAACACUACCCAAAACUGUACCUGUUACAAACCAAACAUACGUUUUAAAAAUAAAAAUACUUACCUGCU